GCAAAGACUAACUCGAAGUUAGCGCUAACCCUCACUUAACCCGAACCGGUGCAAACCACCGGUACUGAGGGAAUUCUAUCUAGUCUAUCUGGCAACACUGUCUCUUGUGUGAUUCUGAUUAUCUGCUCUGUGCAAGCUCUGUGUUGUGAGGUCUGUCGUCUGUCGUCUGUCUUGUGUUUUGAUCGAUUGUUGAACUGUGCUUGGGUGAAUGAUUUCAUAAUUAUAAAUAUAAAUAGUAGAAUUUUGUUUGAUAAGCGAUGGAACGAUAUGGAAGCCUUUCAAUUCAUUCACUACUACACAUGUUUGUUUAACGCUUUAUACUUUUGCUGAAAUAAAAGGUCUAAAAUGCAAUGUGGUGCACAUAGUGUUUGGGCUCUGACCUGGAAAUUGUUGUAACAUUAUGUGAGGCAAAAGGAAUCAUUUUACUGCUGUAUUCCUAGGUAUACCUUGAAUGAAAUAAUCCUGGAAUCAUGUCUUUCAACGCAGACUCGGACUUAGAGGUGAAGGUUAGAAAAACAACAGAAAGGAUAUCUGAAAACAUGCAUAUAGUAGCAAAUGAACCCUCACUUGCAUUUUAUCGGCUACAAGAACAUGUAAGGAAGGCUUUGAAUCCAAUGGUAGAUAGAAGAGUAGAUGUAGAGAAGAUUCAUACUGAACUUCAAGGGAGAUGUUAUGACAUUGAAUAUGCUGUUGGUGCUUUGAAAUCUAUCAAUCAAGCAGAAGACAGUCUGAAGAACAUCCAAGAUAAUUUGAAAAAUGCAAUAUUUUUAAAGCAGCAGCUGAAGUAUGAAGAAAAUAGGAGGAAGAAAUCGGAUACUAAUUCCGUUUACAAACGUUUAUCAGCACAUAUAACCUUAGAUUUGUCUGAAUUGACAGAUUUGUCCGAUGUGGUGAGAGAAACUGCAAAUAGAGUGGAACAUAUGAUGUCAAAAGCUACCAACUCUUCAAGUAGUUGAACUGUAUUUUUAUUUAUUAGCAUGUAUAUUAUGUAAUAAAUAUAUUUUUGUAUUCUUGGGCUUUGACUUAAAAG